CACAAAUGCCACCCUUUGUUGCACCUGCCCGGCCCGCUCUCAGCUUACUUGGUGUGGUGGUGGUCUUGUAAUCACUCUGUGCAGCAGCGGAAGGAAGUUAAUCAUGGCCGUCCACUUUUUCCCGCCAUUUCCCCAAUAUGGACAACCAACCCCACACCCUCAACUCCACAACCCCAACUUGGGGUUGGGGAUACAGUCAUGUUGUGGUUAUGCCCCGGAGUCUAUCAAAGACAUCCGUCCAAGACCAUUCAGACCCCUGUCCCUGGUCCCUGCUUCUACCUUUGGAGAAUGAAUGUUUCCCACAGACACGCCCCUCCUUUUCUUUUCUUUUUCUUUUUCUUUUUCUUUUCCAGUCAUGUCCUCUCGGAGUUGUCCUCCAGAAACCCUUGCCCUUCUCGGCGUCUCGUGUAUAAGGAGACGCGAUCCCGGCUCACGAUUUCCCCAGUCGCCUGUCUGAGUUUUCUCUUUCGUCUCGUUCUUCUUCUCUCGUCCUUGCGAGGUAGUAAGGUUCCUUCCUUGUAUCCGUGCUGCUUAGGAUCAGUCGGUCUCUUUACCUGUUCAAUCUUUUUUUGAACCAACAACCAACACACAUCCUCCAAUAGUGAUAGCCUCCCUCGGGCCUUGACGUCGUCAUGGCUCCCAACAUCGGCAUCAGCACUCGCACCGCCGAGCUCGAGGUAGCUCAGGCUGAGGCACCCAGGUUCGAGCAUGUCGUCUGGUACAAGGAGCCGCAUUUGCGCAAGCUGUACUUGUGCGCAGCUGUUCUCAUGGUUGCCUCGGCCACGACUGGCUACGACGGAAGUUUGCUCAACGUCUCGCAGCAGAUCGAUGAGUGGAAGGAGUUCUUCGACGUUGCCAUCAAGGAUGACAACAAGCUUGGUAUCCUGAUCAACAUGUUCAACAUUGGUUCCAUCAUCUCCUUCUUCAUCACCCCGUACGUCGCCGAUACCUACGGCCGUAGGACCGCCAUCGCCUCCGGCUGCGCCCUCAUGGUUGCUGGCGGUUGCGUCACUGCCUUUGCCAACGGAUACGAGAUGUACCUCGGUGGUCGUUUCAUCCUCGGUUUCGGUAACUCCCUCGCCCAGAUGUCGUCGCCCCUGCUUCUCACCGAGAUCUGCCACCCGCAGCACCGAGGCCCCGUCACUGCCAUCUACAACUGUCUCUGGAACCUGGGAGCUCUCCUGGUCGCCACCAUUGGUGCCGGAACCGCCCAAAUCUCUGGCGACUGGUCGUGGCGAUCAAUCACCUUCCUCCAGAUUGCGCCUUCGGUCAUCCAGCUUCUCGGCAUCUGGUGGAUCCCCGAGUCGCCCCGUUACCUGGUCAACAAGGACCGUAACGAAGAGGCCUUGAACGUCCUCGCCAAGUGGCACGCUGGCGGCGACACCAACAACGCCACCGUCCAGUUCGAGUACCGCGAGAUCCGAGAUGUCAUCAACGCCGAGAAGAACGCCGACAAGGCCACCACAUACAUGGACUUUUUCCGCACCAAGGGCAACCGCUGGCGAUUGGCAAUCAUCAUCUCUCUCGGUGUCAUCUCCCAAUACUCUGGCAACGCCAUCCUGUCCAACUACGUCGACAUCGUCUACGAAGGUGCCGGUAUCAAGGACCAGAACACCAAGCUGGCCAUCUCUUGCGGAAAGACCGUCUUUGAUCUGAUUGUCACCAUCACCGCCGCCUUGAACGUUGACAGGUUUGGACGUCGCCCGUUGUUCCUCGUUUCCGUGUUCGGUAUGGUCGGCUCUUUUGCUUGCUGGACCGUCACCGGAGCCGUCUACGAGAACUCGGGCGAGACCAACGCCGGCGCUGGUUACGCACAGAUCGUCUUCAUCUGGAUCUUUGGUGCCUUCUACGGCAUUGGUUUCUCUGGUCUCCUGGUCGCCUACGCUCUUGAGGUCCUCCCCUUCCACCUUCGUGCCAAGGGUAUGAUGAUCAUGAACAUUACCGUGCAGGCUAUCCUGGCUCUUGGAAACCAAACCAACAAGCUCGCCUGGAACAACAUGCCCAACCACUGGAACUUCAUGUUGUUCUACACCCUCUGGGACACGGUGGAGCUCGUCUUUGUGUGGUUCUUCUACGUCGAGACCCGGGGCCCGACCCUCGAGGAGAUCGCCAAGAUCUUCGACGGCGACCAAGCAAUCCCCCACACCGACCUGCACCAGAUCGAGAAGGAGAUGCACACAGCCGAGCACGAGGACGAGCUCGUGCGGGCCGAGUCGAGGAAGGCCGCCAACUAGAGCUGGUCGCCUCUUCAUUACUCAAGCCUGUCGACUGCGUUCAGUUCUCUCUUGCUUCCAUGUCACUGGCGUGUCCGUACGCGCCGGUAUCGUCAUCUUUUUUUGUUUCUGUCUUGCAAGCCUUUUGAACGAAAUAAAGGGGCUAACAGCCCCCCUAUGUGAUACCAAACGAGGCUUUUGUCUUUUGCUAUCGGCAAAAAAUUGCCACCUCUUUUUUUAAUCGGAAAGAGGUGGCCUUGUCGACCUGUUGAUAGUCUCACUUUGUGACUUGAGCUCUGGACUGGUCUUGUCGCAACAGGGGUCAUUUUUGUACUUGUGUCUCGGUUGAGCUGGGGUGCAGUCUGGGGCCUACGAGGCGGGCAUCAAUAUCAAGCCACGAUCGUUAUGAAAAAUCUUGCCUUCUAUCUAAUAACAAAUUAUUAUUAUUCUCACA